AGCCACAGCGUGCGGCGGUCCAUACUUUCAACUUCCUACGAACUCCACUACUCUCACACCACCGGUCCUCUUGUACAUCCUGUCACCGGACCAGCUCCGGCAGCAUCCUCAGAAUCCUCCGGGUACUUCCGAAUGUGCGCGCCGAUCUCAGGCCCGAAUCAGAAAUCGCACCACCUCGAUCUUUUCAUUUUCAAUUCGCCAUUCUUCCUUCCUCGACUGUGUCUCUAAAGUGUCGAUCGGAUUAUCGCAACAGGUUGACAGGUAAUCAUCAAACUCUGACCGCACUUCUCGCGAAAAGCACCACAUCAAAAAUUACAAAAAAAUUAAAAAUAAAUAAAUAAACCUUUUGUAUCCGUGUUCCAUUGACGUUGUUCCUUUAAGUACAAAGUUGAAUUUAUAUUUUUACACCGUGAUCGUAUAUUAUUAUAUCGUCAUAUUUUGAUUUUGGCGUUUUGAAAGGCAUAGACGAAGGCGUCGUGUCCAAGAAUUAUCGACAAUCAUUGAUAGAUAAUCGUAAGGUUUAGGGUAAUCGUGUGAUAGAUUGCUGGAUAAUCGUUAGGUCCUAGUUUCCUUUGUAUAUUGGUAGAUUUUUGGUCGAUCGACCGCGAGCGCGCUAUAUCAGUUGAUCCUGACUUAACGCGCUUUUACACCGUCCUUUAUAUCAAUAUUUUGUGCAUGCGUAGCUUUUCCCCCCAAUCAGGCCCUGUGCAAUAUUUUUCGGCCACUCGUGAUUCACUGUUGACGUUGACCACUUGAAUCGGAACAGUUUUAAGGGUGUAUAUAUACAUUGUUUAUUGAUAAGACUUCCAAAAACCAUCACGUUCAAUUGUUUCCUACGUGUAUCAAUUAACUGUAUCCCAAACAUAUCUUCAAUAAGAGAAUAAAGAUUGUUCGCAUAUCCGAGGUUGUUGAAACUUGAAACAGUAUUAGUGGAGGAAACCCAAGUGUUGAAAAAUCUUUCUGAUAAUCUGACAUAUCUGUAGUCUAAUUAAGUAAAUAUAGUUAUAUUUUACGUAUAGUUAAGGUGGCAAAUAAAAUAUUGCUCAGUUAUUGAUAAUCCAAAUAUUUAUGAUCAAUAUUGAUAUUAAGUAAGCUGUUAAAACCAGAGACAAUCGUGCAAUAAAGCAAAUGAUACCAAAAAUCUACUGAUAAAAUCGCGUUGUUGCAUAAAGUUCAACCUCAACUCUAAGGUCUAAGACGCGAGCAAGAUUGAACGCAACGCGUUGCGUUCAUUUAGCGGAGGCGUUCGAACGUAUCAACAAUCACGACGUACUAUCUCAACACCCCCCCUGGCCAAAUCCCUUACGUAGUGCCCCUGUGUCCCGUGGUACCCUGCCCUGAGAUAACCGUACCCCAAGCGGCCUAUCCCCCCUCCCAAGCGCCUUGUCCUUGCGGCCAAUGCGCCCCACAUAUGUACACUAACCAUCACGUGGCAGCGCCGAGUACCUUGAUCGUGAACAGAUUCACCGAAAUCAACUACUUCGACAACCCGCCACUGGCCGCCCCUGUACCCGACAAAUACAACUACGAUAUGAGGGGAAGUGACGAACUUUUGUCACAAACCACCGUGUCAGUAAUGGCUCCUUCUGCACCCCACGCCGAUAACAACAACCAAGAGAAUGCAAAGAAGGCCAAACUCGAACAGAACGUAGGCAAACCGUCUCGGGUCAUACACAUAAGGAACAUACCCAACGACGUGACGGAGGCCGAGAUCAUCCACCUGGGCAUACCUUUCGGAAGGGUCACCAACGUGCUGGUGCUGAAGGGCAAGAACCAGGCCUUCCUCGAGAUGGGCGACGAGCUAUCGGCCACCUCGAUGGUCAACUACUUCUCCAGCUGCAUGGCGCAGCUGAGGGGUAGGGCGGUUUACGUCCAGUACUCCAACCACAAGGAACUCAAGACGGAUCAGACGCAUUCCAACGCGAAUGCUUCAGCCCAGGCAGCCCUCCAAGCAGCUCAAGCCCUUACUGGCACCCAAAACUCGGUAAACACAACUCCCACCCCCGUAACCAAUGGCCAGGACAUACAGGGAGGUCCUAACACAGUAUUAAGGGUCAUAAUUGAACAUAUGAUCUACCCCAUCAGUUUGGAUAUUUUACACUUGAUUUUCCAGAGGUUUGGAAAAGUACUCAAAAUCGUGACAUUCACGAAGAACAAUUCAUUCCAAGCGCUGAUACAAUAUCCGGACACGCAAUCCGCCCAGGCGGCCAAACAAUCUCUCGACGGCCAAAACAUCUACAACAGUUGCUGCACCCUCCGAAUCGACUACUCGAAAAUGUCGUCAUUAAACGUCAAAUACAACAACGACAAGUCCAGGGAUUACACCAAUCCGAACCUACCUACGGGAGACACGAACGACCAACUGGCACUAACCGGCGGCCUACCCGGUGGUCUGGGAACCGACAUCCUGCUCCUAGCCACUCAGCCUAAACUGGCCAGAGAAAGACUGACAGGUGAGUACUCCAUUUUGGCUGGUACCCCUGGAGUAUUGAGUAGUCCCUUCAUGCACACCUUGGCGUCUCCAUUGGCGGCGCCCUACGGUGGCGGAGUGGCCGGUGCCCUGCCUGGCUUGGGUGGAUUCGCCUUGGGUCAGAUGGCACCGGGUCUUCGAGGUCUGGCCGCCCCUGGACUCGCGUUGGCGACAGUUUUGCUAGUUAGUAACCUGAACGAGGAGAUGGUCACGCCUGACGCUCUCUUUACACUAUUUGGCGUCUAUGGUGACGUGCAAAGGGUGAAAAUUCUUUAUAAUAAGAAGGAUUCAGCUUUAGUUCAGUUGGCGGAACCACACCAAGCACAUUUAGCCAUUACGCACAUGGAUAAACUCAAAGUAUUCGGCAAAAAUAUCAGAGUGAUGUUGAGUAAACAUCAGUCGGUACAGAUGCCCAAAGAGGGUCAACCGGACGCCGGUCUGACGAAAGAUUACACGCAGAGCCCUCUGCACAGGUUCAAGAAACCCGGAUCCAAAAACUACCAGAACAUAUACCCCCCAUCCGCCACGUUGCACCUCAGCAAUAUACCCGCGACAGUCAAUGAAGAAGACAUCAAGGAGGCCUUCACGAAAAACGGAUUCACGGUCAAGGCCUUCAAAUUUUUCCCCAAAGAUAAGAAGAUGGCGUUGAUUCAACUGCCCAGUAUGGAGGAGGCCGUGAUAGCAUUGAUAAAAAUGCACAACUACCAGUUAUCAGAGUCGAAUCACCUGAGGGUGUCGUUUUCCAAGUCGAGCAUAUAAUGCCGUUAAUCAGCUAUACAGUAUUCAUUCCAUGCCCGGCUUCCUGUUGACGGAAAGAGGGCGUAUUUGUGGUAGCUAAAAAUAUGUCAUACGCGCUUAUUUAUUUUUUAAUAAUUAUUGUUAGUGUAAUUAUGUUCAGACUGUUUGACAGAUUUGUUUUCAGUAUCAAAUUCGACGAUCAGUUUGUAUUGGUAUUUUUUUGUAUGUUAUUAUUAUAUUUUAAGCAAUUU